AGUAGUGUGCAGAGAGUGAACUUCUGAUCGGGUGCAGAUAUGUGUGUGUGUGUGUGUGAGAGAGAGAGAGAGAGAGAGAGAGAAAGGAAGGUGUGUAAUGGAUCAGUGUUCGCUAUAGGAGUGUGAUUUUGGGCUGUUUAUUGCGGAAAAGUUCUAAAAACUGAAGAGAAAUCCAGAUCACCAAAAUCCCGACACACGUCUCGUUAUUUGUUUAAAAUCUGUUUAUUUACAGUUUGUUCUUUAUGUUCUUAUAACAAGUUUGAAUGGUUCUUUUGGUUCUUCUCUGAACCUCCUAGUGUUGGGUUCUGUAUAAAACUGUUAAUGGACAAGCUGAAGAACUGAAGUCUUCCAUUUAAAAGUGUUGUAAGCGUAUAUGAAUAUGCAAAGUGUAGUUCUGGUUUAAAUGAAAAUAUUUCCAGUAAAUUCGGAGGUAAAGUAAAGAGAACUGUGAGAUUGGUCUGUUUUUGUUCUGCAGAUGAAGUUUAGAUGGAUAACGAGGAUUAUGUCCUCAGUAUCCCCGUCCCGAUCAUGCCACGUAGAGCCUCCGACUCGAACCUUUACUCCUCGAGCAACCUGCAGCAGAAGAUCCUGAAGGCGAAGGAGCAGCUGAGGGUGGAGCGCAUGGAGCAGGACGAUAACGUGGCCGAGUUCCUCAAGCUGGUCAACAUGGCCGAUAAGCAGCAGGUGGCGAGAAUCCGGCAGGUGUUUGAGAAGAAGAACCAGAAAACGGUGCAGAACAUUAACCAGUUACAGAAGAAGCUGGAGCAGUACUACAGACGCAUGAAGGAGAGCGAGAACAACAACAACAACAACGGCUCCUCCAAGAACAGCAGCCCUAAAGACCCGGCUAAAGAUCAGACCAAGGACGUUUCCAAGGACAGUCCGAAGGAAGUGAGCGGAAGCGGGCGCCUUAACUGCCGGGACAAAUUCAAACCCAUCGCUCCUGCAGUGUUUCUCACACCGCCGUCCUUCUUCAACAAGCCCAGAGAAUUCGCUAAUCUCAUCCGCAACAAAUUCGGCAGCGCAGACAACAUCGCACAGCUCAAGACCUCGCUAGACGAAGGCGGAGGCCGGGCGCUGGGCGGGAGCGCCACCAUAGUCGGCCGGUCGAAGUUCCACAGCGACGACGACGAGUGCUCCACGGGAACCUCGGCUUCGACGGACAGUAAUGGAAAUUCUGACAUCCACAAACAUGACCAAAACACCGUCGACAUGGUGCUCGAGCAACUUCAGGAGAUCCGUCAGUCCCAAAUCCGACUCACUGAAGCCAUGGAUGUUCUGAAACUGAACAUGAGUGAAGACAGUUUCCUCAUGCAGAGGCUCGAGGACGAGAGAGAGAGGGUGGAACGUCUGGAGGAGCAGCUCAACGACCUGGUUGAACUUCAUCUGCAUGAGAUGGCGAAUCUGAAGCAGGAGUUAGCCAGCAUCGAGGAGAAAGUGGCUUAUCAGGCUAACGAGAGAGCCAGAGACCUGCAGGAGGUGCUGGAGGCGUGUAACUCUCGGCUGUGUAAGUUGGAGCACCAGGUGCAGGUGGUGCAGGUGGAGACUGAAGGGGUGUUUGGCCGUGAGCUCCUCGUUAAAAUCAUUAGUGUGCUCUUGGCCUUCGUCACACUGCUGCUGGUGUGUGUUUCCACGGUAACACGCUGCAUCAUGACCAGCAUGCGGAGCCGUACGCACCUACUGGUGACGGUGUGCAGUGCAGUGCUGAUCGCUCUGGUCUGGAAGAGCAGCGAGAGACUGAACACGAACACAGAACUACAAGUUCUCACCCAAACACCGAACUCUGAACCAAACACCUGGAUGGAGAACCGAACCUGAACCUGAACUCCACCCAGAAACUCGUCCCUUAAUCCUGAACCCGGACCCUGAACCGUCACACUGGACUUUAAGAGUGCUAUCACUCCGAAUAACUCUGAAUCAGAGUGAAUCAGUUUGAUUCAUUUGCUAUUUGAUUCAGUUUGGUUUCACCAUCCAUCCAUCCAUCUUCUACCGCCUACUCCUCUUCAGGGUCGCGGGGGACCUGGAGUCUAUCCCAGGGAGCAUGGGGCACAAGGCGGGGUACACCCUGGACAGGGUGCCAGUCCAUCGCAGGGCACAAUCACAUACACACUCACACACACACAUUCAAACACUACUGUGUGUAAUUAAAUAAAAUAAAGAGCAAAAAAUAAAAAGUUGGCAGAGGGGGUGGGGCUUAAAACAGAAAAAAAAAAAAACAGAAAAAAAUGGUCCUUUUUUUUGGUCAGAAAAAUCUAAACAGCCUUUACCCAAAAGUGAGGACACGUUUUACACAAAUCAGUCCUAUCUCUCUUUCUUUCUUUCUUUCUUUCUUUCUUUCUUUCUUUUCUUCUAAUCACACACAGCACUUCUGCAGUGUUUUGGCUCAGUUUAAUCAGACCGGCAGCCCAACCCGAAACACACGACAUGUUUCACUCACUUCUGUGAGUCGACUCCGAGUCGGAUCACUUUCUCGUUAGACCGCCUCCCUCGGACCCGAGUGUGAUCGCUGCAGUGUGUUUUCACCCGCAUGAAGAACUGCGCUGAAGGAAAGUGCACACCGGGGUUCGGUUCAAACACUCUAAACACUGUGUACGUGAAAGUACACCAACUCUCCUCACUAAUCCUGAACCGGAACACUGGGGAUGGAGGAAUAUAUUUGCUCAGUGUUGAAAACACAAUGUUUCUAAUAUUUUUUUAGUCCCUGCGCAAACAGAACUGUUUUUUGUUUGUUUGUUUUGUUUACUUCAUUUUGAAUUUCAAAUAGACAGCAGGAUUUUUGUUCUCACUAUGCUGUAAAUAUAAAUCUGUGAAUCAGGGUGUCAAUAUUUAUGAUUAAGAUGUAGCUUUGAUGAUUUUUGACUGUUUGAAAGACACACUUUUCUGCUAUUUCGGCUGAAACAGCGGUCAGAACAAACGUGAAUGGAAUGAGAUUACCUGAAGGGGAACGUGGACGUCACACGUUCGUAGUUACUUUCACUUUUCACUUUAUCUAUGUGACCUUUGACCCGUGAACUCGAGAACCUCAGGCGUGAGCCGAUAGAAAACAGAAGGACGAGGAUUUUGCGUUUCUUUGUUGGUAAACCGGUUGUUCAGUAAUGAAAGUGCAGGUUUCACGUUUGCUUUGUCGUGUACUGUAUACGUCAUCAUCAGGUUUUUUAUAUAUGCCUUAAGUAUUUUGUGUAUUAGUAUUUUUAGGCAGACGUUCCAUUUAUUAAUAUUAUAUGUAAUAUUACAUUAUGUACUUGGAUACAUCUAUAAUAAACCAUUUCUGCAGAUACA